UUGGCAUUGGUUGGUGUCUUGGCAAUCAAAUUCCGGCCGAAGCACCUGUCGACCAUGGCGCAACGACUCCCUGCCGCGAUGCGCAAGAUGCCCAAGCGUGAGAAGCUCAUUGCACCGAUCCCUACAUGGAACAUCUUUCGCGGCGAUUUGGUGGAGGUGAUCAGUGGGCCCCACCGCGGCAAACAGGGCGAGGUCAAGGAAGUCAUCCGUGCCAAGAACGCCGUUGUAUUGAACGACAUCAACAUGCGUCAUCGAUAUGUGAAGGCAAAACCGGGUGUCGCGCCAGGCCGCAUCUACUUGGCGCCGGGUCCCAUUCACUACAGCAACGUCAACUUGGUCGAUCCUUCCAUCGGCAAACCCACCCGCAUUGGCAUUCGUUUCGCCGAAGACGGCGAGCGGUUGCGCAUCUCGAAAAAGACUGGCACGGUCAUCCCCAAGCCGGAUGUGCUCAAGGAACGGCAAGCGCCCCGACGAACAGAAACGGGUCCUUUGGACACAGCGCCGGAAGACGUGUUGGAGCGCACGGUCGAAGACUGGGAAGUUAAGCGUCUAUAAACGACGGGUCAUUAGGUUGCUAGUGUCACGAGGAUAGAUCGGCAGUCGUACGCAAACAAAGCUUUCAAGUUUUGCAAGAGGU